GAGAACAUCCGGGUUACUGUGUACAGUGUUAGCAGUGAGCCCGCUCUCGCAGUCAGAUCGUCAGUGAAGCGUUUAGGGAAUGAAACCCGAAAACUCGGUUAAAUAAGUCCGACUGUGGGCUUUUCAGCGUGGCGCGGUGGCCAAUGACGCUGCCCUGAACAAGUUACUGUCUAAUAAGCUCUGUCUUUAUCUUGGACCCUCACAUCCAACAUGGAAACUUCAAAAUCACCCAGAAGUGGGAAACAUCAUUCACGGUCCAGGUCCCGGUCAAGAGACCGGAAACGGAAGUCAGGUGACAAGAAGCACAGAAGAUCCCGGAGCAGAAGCAAAGAGGCACGGCGAAGGGACUUUGAGAAGGCGCUAAAAUCCCACAGCCGAUCGGAGGAUGCACUGCAGAGUUCCGACAAGGACCGCGAGAGGUUUUCUGAAGAUAGCUGUGAGGAAAGACACCGCAGAAAGGACAAAAAGUCCUCCAGAGGAAGAAGUCAGUCCAGAUCACGCUCAAGAGAAAGGCGACAUCGCAGUCGAAGUCGGGACAAAAGAAGGUCUCGCAGUCGUGAAAGGAGAUCGAAGAGUCGUGAAAAGAAGAGAAAGGCCAGGUCACGAUCCAGCUCAAAAAGCAAACACAGACAGCGCAGUAGAAGCCGGAGUAAGAGCAGAGAAAGGAAGAAGAGAGCAGAAAAACCUAGGAGGAAAAGUCACAGUCGGUCUGCCAGUCCUGUGGCUUUCAGAGGCAGAAACACAGCCAUGGAUGCACAAGAGGCUUUGGCGAGGAGUCUUAAUAUUCUGUCUUCUAGGUUGGAGAGAGCUAAAAAACUUCAAGAACAGAAGGAGAAGGAGCUGCUGGAGAAGCAUCAAAAUCAACAACAGGAAGUUGCAGCAGCUGCAGCAGCUCCAUUGCUGAGUGACAGUGCUGCAGCUACUGCAGCCAGCCCUGCGCUGAAUGUGGCAGCACUGUUGGCGUCGGGAACACAGGUCACGCCACAAAUCGCUAUGGCAGCUCAGAUGGCAGCACUACAGGCCAAAACUUUGGCAGAGACGGGCAUCGCUGUUCCAAGCUACUAUAACCCUUCAGCCGUUAACCCCAUGAAAUUCGCUGAGCAGGAGAAGAAGAGGAAGUUGUUGUGGCAAGGAAAGAAAGAAGGGGACAAGUCCCAGACGGCUGAACUGUGGGAGAAGCUGAAUUUUGGCAACAAGGACCAAAACGUCAAGUUCCGCAAACUAAUGGGUAUUAAAGGUGAAGAAGAAGAAGAAGGCGGCCCUUCUGCAGUGCUGAAUGAUGAAGGCAUGAAAACGCUGCAGAAACAGGAGGAAAUGUUUCGUAACUUGGACGUCCAGUAUGAGAUGGCACGGUCACAGACGCACACGCAGAGGGGGAUGGGCCUGGGCUUCGGCUCAUCUUUUUCUUCAUGAGGAAUGGACGCAGUUUGAACAGAAACCACUACUCCUCUCAACCUCUCUUCCACCAAUGUUCCAGCGGUUCAGCUGGUUUUUAAACGUGUGUGUAUAGAAAGUCGACACUUUAGAUCGCAUGGAUGUUGGUCAGAUCUGUAAUUUAUUCACCAAUUUCGUCUGGGAAGAAUUCAUUUGUAAAUACAGUUAGGUGAUUUUGUUGUACGUCUUCAUUAGGCUUGUGCGGCACAUCUCUGGAAAAUUAUGCAAAGGUGCAAUAUUGGUAUUGCGAAGCUUUACGAGGGAUUUGGACAAUUAGGCCUAGGUUAGUGAUAUUGGAACAUCCUUUUUAUUUUCUUGGUUUUCCUUUUGUUAUGUUAAAUUGGUUUUAUGUGGAUAGGACAUGAAUGUUGUUUAGGAUCUUGCUAUGAAUAAUACUUGACUUUGCAUUAUUGAAACACUGGCAUAGUACCACAACAGGUGUGCCAAGCUAUUGUAACUGCUCAUGACAGCCUCAUUAAAUUUUUGUUAGUCCCAAAGAAAAUGUUGUGCUGAUAGUUUACAUUCUAUUUACAUUGUAUUGUUUAAAGCUCCUAGCAGAUUUAAACAUCUCCCCUUACAUUUGCUGUUGGUUCUCUACUGAAAGACACAGUACAUGACACCUAUAAUCAUGAUGCAGCCUUCAUGACCACUGACUGUUGUUGGAAAAAGUCUUUUAGCUAAAUGUUCAGGGUGGUUCAUGCCUCCUGUAAAAAAGGCUUAAGUCAGAAUCACUGAACAUUAUGAAUGCUGCCCUUGUCUUUCACAGCAGUACAGUGUGAACGUUUUCUGACGGAUAACCUCCAUCUGAAAGUGAACAUGAAAGUAGUUUUGGGACUUAGACUGUACGUCUGUUGUAUCCUGGCAUCAAGUUAAUAUGAAAUCCACGUGGUCAGUAAAGUAAGCCAGUGUGUACAUUAAAUAAAUCAAUGAAUGUCA